AACACUUAUCGGAUCUAAUGUUUGAUGCUGCUUAUUACGAUUGGGGCAUUGUGAGGGAGACACAUGCUUCUGUGUUGUAUGCUAUGGAGAAUGGCACAAUCUCCUGGUCUAGCUCUAAGGAGACAAUAGAUAACACCAGGGAGAGGUCCUAUCGCGCCCAGGCGGGUGUAUCCCACCCUCCCGCCGCGCCACGGGCUCAAGCGCGCUCGACUGCUAGGGACCCCAACAGGCCACGCUGGUGCGAGGCGUACCAGCACGGGAACUGUCAGCAGGGGCCGGAACACUGGGACCCGCGCUGGGGACAGGUUAAGCAUAUCUGUUGCAUGUGUCUUUUAGUCCGACGCGUGGAAGAGGAACAUCCCAAGACUGAGUGCCGACAUGGCCCGAGAUCCUUUCGUCAGCCCCCUGGUGACAACACAAGGCGAGCCGCCGGUUUCUCUUCACAGCCGGGUGCCACUGGCACCGGGGGAGGACAUUAUUGAACUCUAUACCGCUGUGGCCCAGACCGGUGUUCCUAAUUAUAUCGGCGCACGAAUUCCGGUCAAGACGUCACUCAAUAUCCCGGUCUGGCGGGCUUUGUUAGCUAAUUACUCCAACACUUCAAUACCCGACUUUCUCGAAUUCGGCUGGCCGAUCAACAUUCAUCCUGAAAAUUACAAUUUCCCACACAAUGUGCAUCAUUCUAAUCACCGAUCGGCUUUGGAUUACCAAGCAGACGUGGACUUGUUUAUCGACAAAGAACUCCGCUACGGCGCCAUGUGUGGCCCAUUUCGUGCGAACCCAUUCCCGUUUCCAGUCUUCCCGGCACCUCUGCAGACGGUAGCAAAACGUGACAGUGACACGCGUCGCGUCGUUGUGGAUUUGAGUUACCCGUCUGGGCAGUCUGUGAAUGACGCCAUUCCCAAGAACACUUUUUUGGGCGAACCAAUUAGUUUAGUGUAUCCAUCCGUAGAUACAAUGACUGAGAUGAUCUUAGACAAGGGCCGAGGCUGUUUGUUGUUUAAGACUGACCUGCGCAGGGCAUAUAGACAACUCCCUGUGGACCCCGCGGAUUAUCGGUAUUUAUGUUAUUGUUGGCGAGACAAUUGGUAUAUUGACACCCGUGUUUGUUUUGGUCUGCGAUCUGCGUCAGUCAUGUGCCAGUCAACCACGUCCGCGAUCACUUUUAUUGAGCGUGAAAAAGGUUAUUCGGUGACAAAUUAUAUCGACGACUUUGGUGGCGCCGAGAUCGCACCUCUGGCUCCCGCGGCGUUUGCCAGCUUACAAAGAACAAUAAACGUAUUAGGACUCGAGGAGGCGCCUGAGAAGGCUAUCCCACCCUCAACUUGCAUGACGUGGCUCGGGAUAGAAUUUGACACCGUUGAGAUGGUCCGCCGGGUUCCGUCUUUUCGCCUUGAAGAAAUCUCCGACUUGGUAGCGCAGUGGCUACUGAAGAGGAAGGCAACCAAACGUGAAUUACAGUCCCUCGUCGGCAAGCUCGUCUUCGUCUCCGCGUGUGUCCCCCCCGGCCGGCUGUUUGUCUCACGUAUGUUAGAGUCCUUACGUAAACUCCGUUGUAAUCACCACCGAUGUCGAUUAUCUCGCGAUUUUCGGCGGGACUUGGAGUGGUGGCGCCGCUUCCUCCACGAGUUCAACGGGGUCUCGCUGAUCGCGUCUACCGUCUACACCGCACCGGACGACAUCGUCGCAACAGACGCGUGCUCCUCGGGUUGUGGUGCUAUUUCCAAUGGUCAGUUCUUCCAUGCCAUGUUCCCUGACUUCGUGCUUCGGCGAUAUUCGCGACGUCUUCCGGUACACGUAUAUCGACACCGUCGAGACCUGCGUCGUCUCCGCGGACAGAACACGAAGCUGCCAAAGGCCCCGCGACGGCCUCGCGACCACGGAUUACGAGGUGACGCGCAUCGUACCCGAGACAUUGAUCAUCGCCGAGAUCUCCGACGCCUUCGCGGUCAAGCCAGUCGGACUAAAUGGGCAGCGUUUGCCGAAGGAACGUGGUCCAAUCUGCGGACAAUUCUCCGGACGUAUCUUCUCUUCUGUUUCUUCUAUUGGAUUUCUCCGUUCCCAGCCACGGUGGAUACGCUAGAAACGUUCGCGGAGUUUCUUGCCCGCUCCUUCAAGGCCCCCGCGUCGAUCGCGAACUAUCUGGGUGGACUUAAAACGCUGCAUGUACUCUUCGGCUACACCGUGGACGCUUUCCUGUCUACAGACAUUGCGCUGUUAAAAAGAGGACUCCAGAGGCGUCUGUGCCACACACCGAGACAGGUCGCGCCAUUCACGCCGGACAUACUGCUUCGUAUAUAUGAACAUUUAGAUCUUAUGGACCCGUUUCACGCCACGAUGUGGACCCUGAUUCUUCUCAGUUUCUUUACGUUUCAAAGGAAAUCCAAUUUCCUACCAAAAGGCAAGUUCGAUCCUUCCAAACAAUGUACGAUUCACGACUUCACACUUUAUAGGGAUUCUCUGUUAGUGCGUAUUCGCUGGUCCAAAACCUUACAGUGCGCCGAACGUGUGUUGUCAAUUCCAGUCUUAGCUAUUCCCAAUUCCCCGCUAUGUCCGGUAGCGGCAUUUCGAAACAUGCUACGGUUAAAUGCUAAUUACAGUGGUCUCGCUGUGUUUACAGUUCGCUAUUCUUCCCGUGUAGUGCCAUUGUCGCAAUCAGUAUUUGAUGACGCAUUCAAACGUGUGUUAGUUCAGGCGGGUCUGAACCCACAGUUGUAUUCUUUACAUAGCGGUCGCCGGGGCGGGGCCACGUUCGCCUUUCGCUCCGGGGUCCCGGUAGAAUUGAUUAAGAUUCAGGGCGAUUGGCGCUCACAAGCCUACCUACUGUAUCCAAAAGUACCACUACGGAAACGUUUGGAGCUAUGUACUAAGAUGAUUAGACGUAUCCGAUCUACACGCUAUCCACCACCGUAACAGCACACUCUCGUGUACGCAAAGCUUCUGCCCAUGUUCCACAUUAAGUUGCUAGAUGUAGCAUUGAGCACUGUUCAGUUCAAGACUGUUGUUUUUACUAGUCUACGUGCACAAUGUAAUUGUUAGUAUGACAGUGUUUGUAUAGCUUGUGACGCAAUUCGCAAUUAUCACCCGUAAUCUCGAUGUAUGUUUUUGCUUAUCUUAUCUUACGGAGAGAGGGGUGGUGUGCGGGUCCUUUUAUUUUCCUUUUUUCUCCACUGCGUUCUCUUGCUUUUCCCAACCGAAAUUCUUUUCCUCCCUAAAAUUUUUUUUUUCCGAUACGGUUUGGCCUUACUUUUGGCGUGCUUCUGUGGAAAAGUACGAGAAUAAAUCUUUUCCCUUUGUUUGCCAAACGCGUUUCGACUCCAGUUGCUUCUAGUUAAUUGUGGAAAAAUGUCAGUGAUGUCAUUUUUAUUAAUUUACGACAACCCCGUCUCCGGUCUUUGUCUGACCUCCCACGUGGUCACCGCGUGUCCGUCCUUGCCUCUUCACACCUCCGCACACCACACCGGGGCUCUCAUUCUGUGUUUCGUCCGCGGGAAGCGAGGCGCACGGAGACUCGCUCCCCGGUUUUCGACCCACCGCCAACCCCUUAUCUCCUCCAAUAUCCUUAUCUUAGAUAAACUGUAGUACUUGCGGUUACGUAGAGUUGUAUUCAUGAUUAGUUUGUUAUCAUAUGUUAUGAUGUUCAUUGCCCGUUCCACUGACCUUUAUCAUGGGCGUGCUUCUGUGGAAAAGUACGAGAAUAAAUCUUUUCCCUUUGUUUGCCAAA